AUUUUUUUUUAUGGGAUUUGCAUAUUUCUUCUAUCCAAGAAGUGAAUUCAACCAAAUUAGAACAUAUUUUAAAACUAGAAGAGACUCGAGCCGACAAACAUCGAUCUCAUCAGGAUCACUAGGAAUGUCGAAUUCUGUCAGCCGAAGUCAUCGCCGUCAAAUCAGACAUAUCAAUAUGAGAGAGAUAUGACGGAGACGACGAAGGUGAUGUAUAUAGUGGUGGUCGACGGUGUUGAUACGGCGGCGGCGACGGUGGAAGAAGACGGUACCGGGAAUUGGAAAGAUUCGUUUAGGUAUACGCGUCCUGUUUUGCAGAGUACUCUUCAGCUUAUGGGAUGCAAAGCUCGUCACGCUUUCAAGAUUAGCCGCAGGGUUUUUGAGUUAAUAAGAAGUGAGGGAUCCUUAAUCCUUUCGCCCUCGCUUUCGCCCUCGCAUGGUAAAGAAUCUGAAUUUCAGAAGACAGGUGAUACUUCAGCUUGUGCUAAUGUAGAAAAGGCUAACAAAGUUAACAGUUUGGCUACUGAUGUUGUUGAUAAGAAUAAAAGUAAGCCGUUUGAAGUGUACAAAAGGCGAACUACGGUUGUUGUUUCGCGGGAGAUAUUCGUUAACGUUGUCUGUGAUGCAUUGGCUGAAUAUAAGUAUGUGGGUCAUGACCAAAGGGCAGACUUGAUUCUUGCGUGCAGAAUCCGAGAAAGGAAAGAAUCUGUGACUGUUCUGCUGUGCGGUACUAGUGGCUGUGGCAAAUCUACACUCUCCGCACUUCUGGGAAGUAGGCUUGGGAUUACAACGGUGGUCUCAACCGACUCAAUCCGUCACAUGAUGAGGAGUUUCGUUGAUGAAAAGCAGAAUCCUUUGCUAUGGGCUUCAACAUACCAUGCUGGAGAGUACCUUGACCCUGUGGCAGUUGCUGAGUCGAAAGCCAAAAGAAGAAGAGCCAAAAAAUUGGAUACUAUUGAGGACGAAAAAGCGAAGGCCUAUGAAGGUGUGAAGGCUAAUAAUACUCAACAGACUGAUGUUGGAUCAAAAUCAACCACCCCUGUAUUGUUAAGUCCCAAGCAAAUGGCUGUAGAAGGAUUUAAGGCUCAAAGUGAAAUGGUUAUUGACAAUCUCGAUAGGCUCAUUACCGCAUGGGAAGAAAAGAAAGAGUCUGUUGUUGUUGAAGGUGUCCACUUAAGCCUCAACUUUGUGAUGGGACUGAUGAAAAAGCAUCCUUCGAUAGUUCCUUUCAUGGUAUACAUCGCAAACGAGGAGAAACACUUGGAACGAUUUGCAGUUAGAGCUAAGUACAUGACCCUGGACCCAGAGAAAAACAAGUAUGUAAAAUAUAUACGUAACAUCAGAACAAUACAGGAUUACCUUUGUAAACGAGCUGACAAACACCUCGUUCCCAAGAUAAACAAUACCAAUGUCGACAAGAGUGUGGCUGCGAUCCACGCAACAGUCUUCAGUUGCCUGCGAAGGCGAGAAGCAGGAGAGCAGCUCUAUGAUGCUACCACAAAUACUGUCUCAGUUAUUGACGAUGAGUACAGGAACCAGUGUACAGCCAAUUCAUUGAGUUCCAAAGGAAUGUUUCAGCUGAUCCAAAGAAAAGGUUCUUCUAGGCAUCUAAUGGCUCUUCUCAAUACUGAUGGCACUUUCGCAAGAACUUGGCCCGUUAGUGGUAAGGUUGAUGAGAGCGGAAAGCCGGUCUUUUGUAAUGAGAUGAUGGAAGAAAAUGGAAUGGAGCACCCGGUCUAUGGAUACCUACAGAAAGCCGAACCGGUGAAUCUUCAGUUUGGUCUAUUUGGGAUCAGUGCUUGGCCUAGUGAUGGAGCCACGAGCCGCGCUGGGAGUGUAGAUGACUCUAGAGCUGACAUGGCUGAAACCAGCAGUCGGUAUUACUCUUCUUGCUGCAGCUCGCCUAGGAUGUCUGAAGGAACUUCUAAAGAGCUUAAGGAGGAUCAGUCGGUGCAUGGGAGCGAUGAAGAAAUCGAGGAUGAUCCUCCCGAGCCAGAUACAGAUUUUAGCGAUGACGAUAACAAGCGUGACCAUGACGAGGUGGGCUCGGUUGAUGAGCAAUCAACAAAGUCAGAUGAGGAGUACGAUGAUCUUGCAAUGGAAGACAAAAGCUACUGGACAGAUGACGAGGAAGAGUCACGAGACACGAUUGCGAUAAUGUCUGAAAAAAACCACAAGCAAGCAACAAAAGAAGACAAGUACAUACAAAACUUAGACCUUUUUCUGCGUACCGCGAACCAGCAGCUUGUCGAGCCACUUCAGCUAUGCGCAUCACUGCUCACAUGCGAGAACGGGAACACAAGACUCUGGUUGGGUAAAGAAAAGAUGAGGAAACGUUCUCUAAGCAUCUCGGCCAUCGGAAAACAUGGGUCGGGUUUGGGUGAUGCGAUUCUCUUGGGUGCCCCAUGAUCUUUUGCUUGCUAGUUUGAUAAUCCUGGUUUAGUCUUUUCUUUUCUUUCUUGAUAAAGCAUUCUGGUUUUAGUCUUUAGUUUAAGUUUUAUGUGUGUGUGUGUGUGACUGUGUAUAGUCUUAACUUGCACAAAUUUGGGGGUUUAUAAAGUGCUUCGUUUUUU